UAUGUUGAGUCUUUUAUUGAUUUCAUUAGCUUAUUCGAUAGAAGUUAGUAUUUCGAAUAUGGAUAGUGCUAUCAUAGAUACAGUCUGGUGUGGUGCUCAUAAUCAAUCUAAUGACAAUGUAUUCAAUCUAUUUCUAUUUCCUCUAGAUCCUAAUUAUGAGUUCAAAAGGAACAAUAUAUUUAAGUUAGAAUAAUGGAGAUAUUUGGUAAAAAUUGGCGGAAGUCUUUCAUAGUAAGGGUUUGCUUGUUUUAUAAGAUGAAAAUGAAAAAGUAGGUGUAGUAAAUAAAAUAUAAAAAAGCCAAAUAGAUCCACAAUUAAUUAUAUUCUUAGGGACAGAAUUUGUUAAUUGGAUAUCCCCUGAUUAUGGAUAGACAAUUAAUACAAUUUACACUGGGAGAUAAAUGAGAGAAUUUCAAUUUCAUCCAAAACGUAAAGAUUGGAUAUUGGCAUCUUCAUGGUCAAAAUGUUAAAUGAAAUAAAAAGAAUGUUUUGUUACAAAGGAUCUGAUGAUUAGUUAAGAUAUGGGUUUGAAUUGGGAAGUUAUUGCGAAAUAUGUAAAUUAAUAUUCAUGGGGAUUUAAGAGUCCUAAUAAUGAAUAGAUUCCUGAAGAGAGAAUAAUGAUAAUAUAUGAGCCAAAUGGAAAAGGACAUUAGUAAUUAUCAGGUUGGAAUAUGAAGACACAUUUAUUUUAUAGUGAUGAUUUUAUGAAGACGGAAACUAUGUUAGUUAAUUAAGGUAGUAAAUUUCAAUUGACACCUAAUCAUAUAUUUGUAGCUUAAGUGAUGAAUUCUUCAAAUUAAGAAGUAACAUUAUUAGUAUCAGAAUCAGAUGAAUAUGAAUACAAUUUUAGAUAUGUUUAAAUGCCAGACAUAUUAAAAGAUCAUAGUUAUACAAUAGUAGAUUCAUAAUAUGGAGCGUUCAUAAACAUUAAUCAUUUGAAACCAAGUUCAAUCAUGGGUAUGGUGGAUGAGAGAAGAAUAUGAAUGAAUUUAAAGAUAGAAUAUACAACAUAUAUAUCAGAUUCUACAGCAUCUAGAUAUAGAAUUUCAUUAAAUUAUACAGUGAGAACAGAAGAGGGUUAAUGUGAUUUUGAGAGAGUAUUGGGUUUAGAGGGAAUUUAUAUUGCAAAUGU